AGUUCCCCGGGCUGUGGGGACGGCGCACGCACUCGGAAUCACUUGUCAGCGCUCGUCUGAGGCAGAGGCAGCGCCUCGCCGGACUCGAGUUUCUUUCAUUUUCUGGGAUUGGACUUUGAGCUAUUAGAGCCAUGAGCAACUACAGUGUGUCCUUGGUUGGCCCAGCUCCUUGGGGUUUCCGGCUGCAAGGUGGCAAGGAUUUCAACAUGCCUCUGACAAUCUCUAGUCUCAAAGAUGGUGGCAAAGCAUCCCAGGCAAAUGUAAGAAUAGGUGAUGUGGUUCUCAGCAUUGACGGAAUAAGUGCACAUGGAAUGACUCAUCUUGAAGCCCAGAACAAAAUUAAGGGCUGUACAGGCUCUUUGAAUAUGACUCUGCAAAGGGCAUCUUCUACACCCAAGCCUGAGCCAGUUCCCGUGCAGAAGGGAGAACCUAAAGAAGUAGUUAAACCUGUGCCCAUUACAUCUCCUGCUGUGUCCAAAGUCACUUCCACAACCAACAUGGCCUACAAUAAGGCACCACGACCCUUUGGUUCUGUGUCUUCACCAAAAGUCACAUCCAUCCCAUCACCAUCGUCCGCCUUCACCCCAGCCCAUGCGAACACUUCAUCACAUGCUUCCCCUCCACCCGUGGCCGCUGUCACUCCUCCCUCAUUUGCUGCAUCUGGACCGCAUGCUAAUGCCAGUCUUAGUGCUGACCAGCAUUCGUCUGCACUGAGCGCUGGUAAACCUGCAGUUAAUGUCCCACGGCAGCCCACAGUCACCAGCCUGUGUUCCGAGACUGCUCAGGAGCUAGCAGAGGGGCAGAGAAGAGGAUCCCAGGGGGACAUUAAACAGCAAAAUGGGAAAACCCCACCUAAACGCCCACCAAGAAAACACAUUGUGGAGCGCAAUACGGAGUUUUAUCACAUACCAACUCAUAGUGAUGCCAGCAAGAAGAGACUGAUGGAGGACACCGAAGACUGGCGUCCAAGGACUGGAACGACUCAGUCUCGUUCUUUCCGAAUCCUCGCCCAGAUCACUGGGACUGAACAUCUGAAAGAGUCGGACACUGAAAAUACAAAGAAGGCAAACAACACCCAGGACACUUCUCAGCAGUUGGCUCCAUCAGUAGCUUCAGCACGGAGCAUGCCUGAGAGGCAGGAGAGCCCAGCCUCCACCAGACCAGGGGUGACUGGUCUCACAACUGCUGCCGCCUUCAAGCCUCCAGGAUCCACCAACAUUGUCAAGUCACCAAGUUGGCCACAGCCAAACCAAGCAGCGCUUUCCACUGGAAGAAUCUCAAACAGUGGAACUUCGUCAGGAGCAGCAGCACCAGCCAGCUCAGCCAGGGGACAGCCCCAGCCAGGUGACCAGGACACUUUAGUACAAAGAGCUGAGCACAUUCCAGCAGGGAAAAGAACUCCAAUGUGUGCCCACUGUAACCAGGUCAUCAGGGGACCAUUCCUAGUGGCACUAGGGAAAUCUUGGCAUCCAGAAGAAUUUAACUGUGCUCACUGCAAAAAUACAAUGGCCUACAUUGGAUUUGUAGAGGAGAAGGGAGCCCUGUACUGUGAGCUGUGCUAUGAGAAAUUCUUUGCUCCUGAAUGUGGGCGAUGCCAAAGGAAGAUCCUUGGAGAAGUCAUCAAUGCUCUGAAACAAACUUGGCACGUUUCCUGUUUUGUGUGUGUGGCCUGUGGAAAACCCAUUCGUAAUAAUGUUUUUCAUUUGGAGGAUGGUGAACCCUACUGUGAGACUGAUUAUUAUGCCCUUUUUGGUACCAUAUGCCAUGGAUGUGAGUUUCCCAUAGAAGCUGGCGACAUGUUCCUGGAGGCCCUGGGCUAUACCUGGCAUGACACUUGCUUUGUAUGCUCGGUAUGUUGUGAAAGUUUGGAAGGUCAGACCUUUUUCUCCAAGAAGGACAAGCCACUUUGCAAGAAACAUGCUCAUUCUGUGAAUUUUUGAAAGUCAACAGUUCAGGCAGGGGAGGAGAAGAAAUUCGAAGAGAAAAGAGGAGAAUUGGAAUUACCAAUUAAUUUUUAGAUUUAAUAUUUAUGGGAAUUUUGAAAAAUAAUAGUGGCCCUGAAGGGAUAAAUUCCAGCUUUAAAAAUCAAGUCUAUGAGGAAAUAUUUGGCUUCAUAAAGUAAAGAGACAGUUUGGCAUUUAUGAUUACUUUUUUCCUGUGUUUUCUGCCCAUAAAAUAAUUUUUAUAAAAACCAAUUUCCUGGUUGACUAUUAAAUUCAUCAUAGAAUAAAUUAGUGAAGAGUUAAAUUUUAGAAUAAAAACCUCUAAAAUCUAUGCUGAAUUAAUUAUACUUUCUUUCCUUGUUAGGUAGUUCUGAGUAAAUCUGUAAAAGGCAAUGAAAAUUGCCUUACACUCUAUCAAUAAGUAAAAUGUAUUUUUAAAAAAAUAGUGCUUGUCUUUAAAAGAGGAAAUAGGAGUUAAACAGAAUUUUUUAUCAGUAGUAGGUGUCCGUUUUUAAAAACUGUAUGUACUUUUUUUGUCUUACUGAUCAAUCCAGUAGGAAAGACUAAGAUUUUCCAUCAGAAUGUGCCAUGCCAAUAAGAGGUGUUAACAUAUUUCUCUCAUCCACCCCCCACAAAAGCUACCACAUUGCUUAUAAAUUUCAGAUUUUUACCUUUUAUUAAAAUAUGGCCAUUUCUAUUCAUUGUGUAUGUUUUAUCACCUAUAUUAGUCAAACUCCCAUUUUUUUCCCCUUCCCUCAUGCUGAGGUCAAGAGAGUAAGUAGAAAAGAGUGAGGUUAGGAAUUAUGGGAAAUCAGAGGAGGACUGUAUUCAAAAAUUUUUAAAAUUCUCCCCUUUUCAGACAGUGAAUGCAUUAGAUCAGUUUCAGAUUUGUACUACUGACUGAUAAAGGUUUGAGAACUCUCUUUGCAGAAUAAUUUUUUCUUUAGUUCUACAUUAGAAAAGUAAAAGAUUGGCUUGGGGAUGUGAUAAAAUCUAAGGGUUUUUUUUUUUUUUCUUUUAGUAGUUCUCUCUCAGUAAUAAAUAAACCACUUCCAAAUGUGAUCACAAAGUUUGGAAAGCUUUUAUUCCCAGAGAUUGUUAGUAUAGGAGGGGAACGUGAUCAGUUACUCAGACUGGCUCGUUAUUUGUUUUCUUUAUUUGGGGAAACAAUUAUAUAGAUAACCCAUGAAGACAGAGCAACAAUUGUGAAAUUGUGACUCCUAAUGAUAUUUGCCCAGUGAGAAAACAGAUUAUGACAUUUGAUAGUUUUUCCUUUGUUUCCAGAAUGGAUGAAAGCCCAUGAUCCCACUAAGUUAAAAAUAUCAAUGUGUCUGGGGCAAGGUGCUUUCAAAGUUGAGACAGAACCCCAAGUCCUCCCUGCCCUGUAACUCAUGAACGACUUCAUUUCCAUUGUGCACAUGUUUGUUGUAGAGGGAGGUUUUAGGCUCUAAUAUUUGUUUAACCUCCCUAAGAACUUUUCAAGGCAUCUGUACUGAAAGCUGUUAAUUUAUGGUCUAGCAGAUUUAUAUUAUAUGCAGAUAAUAACUAACUGGGAAUCAAAGCAUGAGAAGGGUCACGUGAAGUGGCUUCACCAGUAGCAACCCUGAACUACCUCCUCACCCUGCAUCUGUAGGGAGGCAGGAAGUUUUACUUUUGAAAUAAAGUCCUGGAACUGAAUUGUGCCCUCUUUCUCAUUGCUGCUGAAACCACCCAUAGAGUUCAUGUGGGUUGUCAUAUAGCUUCAUGUUAGUCUCUUGCUUUACACGAUACAAAAUAAAUUGGUGAUUUUGUUUGGAUGUAGUAGAGAUGAUUUUUUUUUUUUUUGGUUGUUUAGUUUUGCCUUUAUAGAAUCUAUGCCAAGAUAGUAUUUGAAAAGUCAGUGACAUUUGGGUAUUUCCUUUCCAGAAUUUUAUUUGACCUGGAUUUCUUAUUAAGUUAUAUUACAUUAAGGAUAUCAUUUUUAUUAGACUCUUCUUUGUGCACAUUAUUUCAUGGAGCAUAAUGUUGCAUUCUUCUAAAUUUUAUCCCUAAAAAGAAAACAUUACUUCCUAAUUUAUCAUUUUGUCUUUGUGCUUUGUCCUUCUCCUUUGUGGCAAAGCUUUCUAUCUGUUCUAAAACAGUUAAUUCUGUGAAAUAAAUAUUGACUAUAACCCAGAAGAAUCUCUGUAUUUCCCAGUGGAGAAUGAAUGCCGUAUUUAAUACCCCAGCGUUAAUCUUUUAAUAACUGGCAGAGCACUUUAUUCUUCUGGUGAGUUCCCUGAAUAUUUAUUUUUCUGAUUAUAAAUAUUCUAUGUCAGUAGCAUUUUUUUUAAUUAUUACCUCUUUCCUGUAGAGCAUUUACUUUUAGUCUUUCUUGAUGUAUAUUUUGGAAUGCUGUACUUAGUAUAAUACAGAUUAAAAUUACAGUAUCUAACUCUUAAACAUCCUUUACUUGUAUUUCCCUGAUUCAAAGUAUUAGUGCUAGAUUCCAAUUUAUAACAUUUUUCUAGACUUACAAGGGCUGAAUGUUGCCCGCUAGAGUGGUAGCCUAGACAGGAUCCCUGCUGCUUAUGCUUAUCAUAGCAUACAUAUUUCUUGUUGAUUCAGGUUACAUUUAGAGUCUAAAGCUAAAGCCUAGUCAUUUGGUCACAGUAUGAGGACAAACAGAAAUAAGAGUUUAAAUCUUCAAAAUAUUAGGGUAGCCUAUGGUUAAAAUUAUCUAGAACAAAAAUGUUUCCAUGGUGCCAUUUUCAAGGGGUAGUAUAUCAGGACCACUUUUAUAGAAAAGUCCUUCCUCUCCCUUGUUCAAGUAUGAAUCUAGUGUUAUAUUCACAGUUUUGUGAGGUUUGGAGCUUUUUAAAUCAUCUCUGUUGAAAGGAGAGGCUUUUCAGACAUAAGGGAAAGGAAAACAGUGAAUAAUUUGACACAAAUCUAGUGCGGCUUCAGUUUGUCAUCCUUCUCCUCCAAAUGUUUUAAGAUAUUCGGUUUGGAUUCUCAAAGUAUCAUUUGCCUUAUCUGUUAAUCUCUAUUUUCUGUUUCUUUACAUUUUUACAUUUGUAUACAUCUGUACUGUUUUGCUUUUGGAUACAUUUUCUAAUUAAAAACCACGUGAGAAAUAUAAUCAGUGUAGUUAUACCUUAAUGUGCACAUAAUAAAUAAAUGGCUGCAGUGAUAUAAA